AUGGCUUUCUGUAUCACGUUUGGAACACAUGAGUUCUCGUCUCAGCUCGAGGGCUAUGAGAAUGUUCGUGCAUACUGCUACAACUGCCAACAUUGGAAUGGUUACUGCAUCACCCGAUGGCCGUUUUUCACCGUCUGCUUCAUUCCAGUGAUUCCCCUUGCUACGCACAAGUACAAGGAGGUCCAAUGCCACACAUGCCGUUACACCCAAGACCUACGCGAUUGCAUCAGUGACCGGCCCGAUAUCACGCCUGACACGCGACCUCCGCCAGGCAUGCAAUACGGCAUUCAGCCGCCUCCCCAGGUCCAGGGAGGCUGGCAGCAACAGCCCCCUCUGCAGCCUCCGCCUCAAGCACAGGGUGGACUUGGAUACAAAUGA